UCUGUAGAGCCCCCAGCGAGGUACCCGUUUCUAAAAUCAUCAAUCGGCAAUUUUCGAUCGCCAGGUGUUUUAAAGCAGAGUAGCCGACACAACUAGCGGUAGCGGAGCGCAGUCCCGAGGGCCCAAAAAAUUCCUUCUCGGAUCUCACAGUCAGCCAAAUACAACACAUUUAUUAUCGACCCUUAUACCGCACUUAAAUGGCUUUUCUUCGUACGGUGAGCCGGUGUAGUGUAUCGAAAAAGUACGGGUUGUUGAUCGAUAAUUUAAAUAGCGGUUUCGGUGGUAAAAUCGAUGUGAAUCAGGCUGUGCGGAAAUCAACUGCAGCCGCCUCUAUACUACAAGACCAUGAAAAGCAGGCGGUCCAGAGCCCCAGCCCAAAGGAUCCAUUAGAUUUGAGUUUCGAUGAUGCCAAGGCUGCCUUCAAGAGCAAGACGAAUUGGGAGCUUAUACGAGCUCUUCUCGUCUAUCAGAUAUGCUCCUACGAGACUAUUGUUGUAAAUAACAUGAGGUUGAUGAAAAUAUUCAAGGCAAUCUUAGGAGAACAACUAUUUACUCAAUUGAUGAAGGCGACAUUUUAUGGUCAUUUCGUGGCCGGAGAAGACGAAUUCAAAAUCCGACCGAAAUUAGAAAGGCUCAGAUCGUUUGGUGUGAAACCGAUCCUAGAUUAUUCCGUCGAAGAGGAUAUUUCCCAAGAGGAAGCUGAAAAACGAGAAGUCGAAGCUUCGGUACCAGCGGCUGGUGAUCAGCUAGAAGAUGGUUCCCUGAAACAGUAUCACGUAGACAAAACUUUCGCUGACAGACGGUACAAAGUACAAUCUGCCAGGACUUACUUUUACCUCAACGAGGCUACUUGCGAGAGGAAUAUGGAGACCUUCAUUAAGUGUCUGGAGGCGAUUGCAGACUACCAGAAGAUCAACCCAGGAGCCACCUAUGGCACUGGCAUUACUGCUAUUAAACUAACUGCACUGGGCAGACCACAACUUUUGCUUCAAUUAUCUGAAGUAAUUAUGCGAACUCGUCAAUACAUGACGGAGAUAAUGGGCGGAGAAGGAAACGUCUUGAGCCAUCACACUAAACCCGAAGAGCUGGAAAAGAAGUUCGAUAAAAUUCAAGACAAGGAAUCCCUACGGAAAUUUUUGACACAAGUGACAUACGACAAAGAAGGUAUCCUCCAUCUGUUCCCAUGGUCUGGUAUCAUCGACGAGAAUCAGCAGCUCAGCAAUACCUUCCGGGUACCCGACUUGAAAACUGGCCGCAUGGCUCGACUGAUCACUCAACUGUCAACAAAGGAAGAAGAGAUGUUCAAGAAUAUGAUUAGAAGGAUAAAUACGAUUGUCAAAGCUGCUCAAGAAAUGGAUGUGCGCAUCAUGGUUGAUGCUGAACAAACCUAUUUCCAACCGGCCAUUACUCGAAUCACCCUGGAAUUUAUGAGGAAAUACAAUAAGGAUAAGGCUAUUGUUUUCAAUACAUACCAGUGCUACUUGAGGAAUGCUUUGAGUGAAGUUACUACUGAUUUGGAGCAAGCUAAACGUCAGAAUUUCUAUUUUGGUGCUAAGCUUGUACGAGGGGCUUAUUUGGAACAAGAAAGGGCAAGAGCUGCAGCAAUGGGCUAUCCCGACCCCACCAACCCCAACUUUGACGCUACCACCGAUAUGUACCACAAAACUUUGACGGAAUGCCUUAGAAGAAUCAAAGCUUUCAAAGACAAGGGCGAAGAAAAGAAAAUUGCCAUCAUGGUAGCUUCUCAUAACGAAGACACUGUACGAUUCGCCAUUGAAAAAAUGGAGGAGUUCAACAUUUCGCCCGCUGAUAAAGUAAUCUGUUUCGGACAGCUGUUGGCCAUGUGCGAUUACAUUACUUUCCCAUUAGGUCAAUCUGGCUACUCUGCUUAUAAAUACAUCCCCUAUGGACCUGUGAACGAGGUACUACCUUAUUUGUCGAGAAGAGCUCACGAAAACAAAGGAGUACUAAAGAAAAUUAAGAAAGAAAAGAGACUGCUCGCUAAAGAAAUUUUGAGACGUAUGUUUACAGGACAAAUAUGGUACACACCUAAAGGCAAUUAUACUCCAGUAUAAAUUAUUUAAAAUGCUCCUCCUUUGAAGAACCAUAUUUCGAUUUGAACGAUUUAAGAGCUGAGCCGCACCGUUUAGUCCGGCCAAAUACACAACGUAAAAAAAAGUCGUUUGUAGAUACAAUAAGUAGCUUAAACUCAAAAAAAAACUGUCCCAAAAUUCGAUUUUUUCCACAAAAAUGUAAAGCAUCACUCGAUAAGGUCUGCGUGAAGUUUGGAACGGCCUAUUAUAAGUUCUAAACAGUCAAUUAAGUAAUUUUCAAAAAAAAGAAGUCUGAUGGUUAGUAGGUUUUUUUUAGGUAUUUGGGCAGUUUAAAAGCGUACCUGGGGUUUAUUUAAAGUGUCUUUUUGUGGCAAUAAAUUGUUCUAUGUUGCUGGUUGAUAUAGAAUUGUGGCAAGAAAUUAAGAAAAAAAAUAGAGGAUGUUCAAAGAAGCUUUUAAAUUUCCCCAGCUAAGUUUCACGCAGACUAAAAAUUUACUAGUGUUUUUUUUUUGCUUAAGAAAAAUAUAAAACUUGUACAGAGUAAACUUUGUAUGAAUGUUAUUGGUGUAUACGACCCUUUGCAACUAGGUAUAGAAAUUGAAUACUCUGCUACUGUUUUUAAUUUGUUAUGUAAGAAGUAUGAUCUUAUUACUCACAAACUUGACUAUUAUAUUACUAAAAUAUCCCAGGGGUUCUUGAUUAAUUAAACAAUAUGUAUUUGGAUUUUUGUCUCGAAGUAAAAAAUUAUGUUUCAAAAGACAAAUUGUUACAUAACAAAUGAAUAUUAUUUUGACAAAACGAUCCUUUUGUCUUAAUUUAUUAUUAUAUUAUCUGUUAGUUUUAACAUUAUUUAUUAUAACCUUCAAAAUUGUUACGCAAUAAUGUCUACUAAAGCAUUGUUGAACAACUAUUUGCAGGAUAUAUUAUCAAUGUUUUUGAAUCCUCCUCCCUUUUCCCCAUUAUUUAUUUCAAAAUUUCCCUCCCUGUAGUUUUUUCUUUGAUAUUUUUUCGGUGUUACGAUAUUAUUUUUAAAUACUAUGCGACUCAGAACUUAAACAAAAAAAGAACACACCGAUUAUUUAUCAAUUAAUGAAUUUGUGUAGCCUGUGAUUUAAUAGGUUAAAGUUCCCAACUUACUGUUUAGUAUUUUUUAAAAAAAACUUGAAACUUUGUUUUCUCUUUGGUGUGAUUUCAAAUAAAAUCAAAUUGAAAUGAAAGUGUUUGUGAUUUUUAUUUGUGUUUUUUAAAGUUAUUGGUAGAGUCUAAUUUAUCCAAUGGAAUUUUUCUGUUGGGUCUUUGUUUUUUUUGUACACUUCAAGAAUAACUGCAUCUUGCUUUAUGGCUACAACAUACAUACUUUGGUUGGAUAAAUUAGGUUAUUUAUUCCAAAUGUGUUAUUGGAAGAAAAUUGUUCAGACAAUAAAAUAAAUAUUAAUAAAGAACUACUUAAAUGUUA